AUGAAAUAUAUUAUUCAAUUCCAUUCAAUCAUUUUAAUCCUCAUUGCAACGUUAUUCAUAGCUACAUCAUAUGCAAGUGAUAUCUCAUUCAAGACUAAUAUAAAUUGUAUUACCGGAUGCAGCUUUUCAAAUGCUGAGAAUUGGGUUGGAGGUGUUGUACCAAGCAUAGAUGACAAUGCAAUCAUUGAUAUGUCUACGAGUGGGUUUGUGACUACUCUUGUUCUUAUCACUGAUGCACUCAACGUCAAUCAACUCACUGUCAUUCAAAACAAUGAUGGUAAGACUGUCCAAGUAGCCAUCUCAAACUAUGUCAAUUUUGUUAAUCUAGUCAUCAACGGUACCGCCACCGUAGUGGUUGAAAGCGAUCAAUCAGUCCAGAUCGACAACUCCUUGUCUCUUGGUGCCGGCUCAAUCAUCUCGAUCAAUUCCAACUCUGCUGUCGUUGUCUCCAACUCCACCAUUGCUGCUGCCAAGUCCAGCAUCACUCUCUCUAUAAAUGCUAGCUUUCAGGGCAAAGGUAAUGCCAUCUUGAACGGCCAAAUCGCCGCCAACUCCCACGGUGCUCUCGAAUUUGACGGAAAUGUCUUGGUUGGGGGUCAGAUCACCUCAUACCUCUUCCUAUUUGGGUUUGCAUCGGUCGUCUACCCAGGCAGCCUCAACUGCGCCAAUAUAAUGUCACUAGGAGCGGGAAACCUCACCAUCUCAGGUGCAUCGGUUACUGCUGGGUUGGUCGCCACUCCCGCAUCGGUGUAUGUCGUUAACGGCUCCACCCUCAAUCUCAUCGGAGACACUCCCACCUCCAACACUGUCAUUGGCACGAUCCAUGUCGACGCUACAUCCAGCGUCUACAUCUUGUCUGAUGACACCUAUUUUAGAAACAUUGAAUCCUACGGGAACAUAACUAUCGAUAGUGUCUCUGCUGCCGGGCUCACCAACGGUUUCGUUGCCUACUUGAAACUCGUUCUUCUCAGCAGCGGCAGUGUGUUGCAACCAAACAUCACUCUACAAAACACCAACGUUGGUGUUGUUGUCUGUGAAGCUGGUUCGAACGUCUACUUGAACUGCGUAGACUAUUGUGAGAUUGGUGAGACACAACAAUCUACAUUUUUGCAAAUCGUCAGUUCGUCAGGUGGUAUCCUCAACUUUACCAAAUCUUCCAUUACCCUCGGACCAGGCUCGAGAAUCUCUGCCAGCUCCAAGUCUGUCAUCAUCUUUAACAGCACCUAUGUCAACACCAAUGAUAUCUACAUUGACACUGACUCACAAGUACUUAUACAAGACUCUAACAUUGGUGGUAGGUUACUCGUCAACUACUCUACCAUCACUGUAUAUGGCCAGUCGUCUGUCAGUUAUAUCGAGUUGAAUGCAAGUGUCUUGAAUGUUGUUCAAGGUAUCUUGACUGUCGUUGCCGACCUCCUCGCCUUCCAAGGUUCCACCAUCAACAUCAUCCUCCAAUCACUUGUCAUCAACCCAACAAACACACCAAUCAGAGUCACCACCGGCGAAAUUAAUGUUGCUCAAUCCAACCUAGUCAUUCAAUCCUCUGCCAAGACCAUUGCUCCAUACACUCUCUACUAUGUCAUGGCCACACCAAGAAACAUCGACGUUCCAUUCACCAACUGUACCUUUACAGGACAAUCUUCAUUCACCGAUCCAUACUUUAGCGAAUCCUUAUACAAUGGUUUCAUCUAUUUAACUUUUGAUUUCCAAAGUAAUAGUACUGACAGUAGUAUAGAGAGAGAUAGAGAGAAAUGUUAUCAGUCAGAUCUAUUAGAACUUUUUAUUGGAGUUCGUUCCUAUUCAACCUCAAAGGUUGUAUCAUCUGCAAAGGAAGCUAUUGCUGAUUUAAAGGAUGGUUCUAAAUUAUUGGUUGGUGGAUUUGGUUUAUGUGGUAUACCAGAGAAUUUAAUUAAAGCAGUUCAAGAAAAGGGAACCAAGAACUUGACAGUUGUCAGUAACAAUGCUGGUGUUGAUGACUUUGGUUUGGGUGUAUUGUUAAAGAGCAAGCAAAUCAAACGUAUGAUUUCAUCGUAUGUUGGUGAAAAUGCCACCUUUGAGUCACAGUACCUCAAGGGAGAGUUGGAGGUUGAAUUGACUCCACAGGGCAAUCUUGCCGAACGUGUACGUGCUGGUGGUGCUGGUAUCCCAGCCUUUUACACUCAGGUUGGUGUCGGUACCAUCUUGGUCGAGCAGGGUGGCUUCCCUAUAAAAUACGCUGCCGACGGCAAAACCGUAGAGAUCAAGAGCGAGCCACGUGAAACACGUGUCUUUAACGGACGUACCUACGUGUUGGAGGAGGCCAUUAAAGGCGACUUUGCCUUGGUCAAGGCUUGGAAGGCCGAUACCCGUGGCAACCUUGUUUUCAGAAACACAGCCCGUAACUUUAACCCACCUAUGGCCACUGCCGGCACAAUCACCAUCGCAGAGGUGGAAGAGGUUGUAGAAGCAGGUGAGCUCAAGCCAGACGAGAUCCACUUGUCGGGAAUUUACGUGCACCGUGUUAUCAAGGGUCCAUCGUACGAGAAGCGUAUCGAGCGUUUGACCCUUGACCAAGGUCAAAACCAAGUAGGUGCCAAACCAAAGAACGAAGCUGCCCUCAAACGUGAGAAAAUUGUUCGUCGUGCUGCCCUUGAAUUCCAAGACGGCAUGUACUGCAACCUCGGUAUUGGUAUGCCCACACUCGCCUCCAACUACAUUCCAAAGGGUAUUCGUAUCGAGUUGCAAUCAGAAAAUGGUUUGCUCGGUAUGGGUCCAUUCCCCAAACCCGGUCAACAAGACCCAGACCUCAUCAAUGCCGGCAAGGAGACUGUCACCACCAUCCCAGGCAGCUCCAUCUUUUCGUCAGCCGACUCGUUUGCCAUGAUUCGUGGUGGUCACGUCGACCUCACCAUCCUCGGUGGUAUGCAAGUCUCCCAAGUCGGUGAUCUUGCCAACUGGGUCAUUCCAGGCCAGAUGGUCAAGGGACCCGGUGGAGCUAUGGAUCUCACCGCAUCCGGCUCGCGUGUCGUCGUCACCAUGGAGCACAACUCCAAGGACGGCAAGCCAAAGAUCAUGCAAUCAUGUUCCCUCCCACUCACUGGCAAGGGUUGUGUCGACCGUAUCAUCACCGAGUUGGCCGUCUUUGACGUCGACAAAAAGAAUGGUCAAUUAGUACUCAUUGAAAUCGACGAUUCCGUCACUGUCGACAAAUUAAAACAAUUAACUGGAUGUCCAUUCACAAUCUCAAAGGAUCUUAAACCAUUACAACAAGUUAAUUUGGAUUAA